AUGGCUUCAGACAGCAAAGCGACCAACAUCUCCAUCACCACGGAGGAGCUGCCGAGCAGUAUACAUGACUCUGCGUCUAGCGACAGAGAGCACCUAAGGGAGCACUCGGGAUCCGAAGAAGGCGGAUAUAACGAGGAGAAGAACCCAUUUCGAGACUCAGCUGUCGCCCAGCAUUGGACUGAAGUCUACGAAAAGUCACAAUACGAAUGUCGGCACGUCUUUGAUCCAACAUUAACAUGGACCGAGGAGGAAGAGAAACGCCUCGUCAGGAAGCUAGAUUGGCGGGUGUGUCUGUGGGCUUGCGUCAUGUUCUUUGGCCUUCAGGUUGAUCGCGGAAACCUUGCACAGGCAGUGUCUGAUAAUAUGCUUGAUGACUUGGGCCUCACCACAAAUGACUACAACUACGGAAACAGCGUGUUUAGAAUAUCAUUCCUCGUUGCCGAACUCCCUUCGCAGCUCGUCUCGAAAAUGGUCGGCCCCGAUCGAUGGAUCCCUGUACAGAUGGUUCUAUGGUCUGUUGUUGCCGUAUCGCAGUGUGCAUUGACUGGCCGCACAAGCUUUCUCUGUACACGCAGUCUUCUGGGUCUCCUGGAGGGUGGCUUUAUUCCAGACAUCGUUCUUUGGCUGUCCUACUUUUACACGUCUCGAGAGCUGCCCGUCCGACUGAGCUACUUCUGGACAUCCCUCUCAGUCACUGGCAUAGUCACCUCGCUUCUCGCCUUUGCCUUGCUCCACCUGCGUGGUGUCCACGGUUGGGCAGGUUGGCGGUGGUUGUUCCUCGUCGAAGGCUUAAUCACCCUCGUCGUCGGCCUCGCUUCCUUUUUCCUCAUGCCUGCCUCAGCCGUGCAGACCAAGACGUGGUUCCGUCCUAAGGGAUGGUUCACAGAUCGCGAGGUAGCCAUUGUGGUCAACAGAGUAUUGAGAGACGACCCUUCGAAGGGUGAUAUGCACAAUCGACAGGCCAUUACGCCGAAGCGCCUAUGGGAGACACUGAAAGACUUCGACCUCUGGCCGCUGUACAUCCUCGGCUUGGUCAUCUACAUCCCUUCUAGUCCUCCGGCUACCUACAUUACACUUACUCUGAGGAAGAUUGGGUUCGAUCCAUUCACCACAAAUUUGCUGACUAUCCCAUCUAAUGUCUUCCACAUUAUCAACCUCGUUCUCAUUACUCGACUUUCGGAAUGGCUGAACGAGAGGACAUUGGUGUCCAUGAUACAAGUCCUUUGGACACUUCCUUGUGUGAUUGCUCUCCGCUGGUGGCCUGGUGUCAUGGUCGAUCAAUGGGGCACCUACGCACUCGUCACUGUCCUGACAUCCUAUCCAUACUGCCAUGCCAUUUUGGUUGGCUGGACGUCCAAAAACUCCAACAACGUCGGCACUCGUUCAGUGUCCGCGGCGAUAUAUAACAUGUGUGUUCAACUUGGCAGCGUCGUCUCUGCAUAUAUCUAUGUGGACGAUGAUGCCCCGCUCUAUCAUCGGGGCAACUUCAACCUCUUCAUAAUUAACGUGCUUUCCAUCGUUCUCUUCCUUCUGACCAAGGUCUAUUACAUCUGGCGCAACAAGCAGCGCGACAAGGUCUGGAAUGCUUUGACUGAGGAUGAGAAGAAGGCAUACACUGCGAAUACAAAGGUGCGAGGCAGUGCGCGGCUGGACUUUAGGUUCGCCCAUUAG